AUCAGCCCUGCCCCAGCCUCAUUGUUCUCGGUUUCCAGCAAUGGCUGCCAUUACCUGACCAGCGCCCGGCCAGUCUCCCUGCAGGCUCUGGGAGAAGUUUCCAGAGCAGCCUCUGCUUUCACAGGGCAGGUUUCACAGCUGUGGCUCGUGGGAAGUGUCUUCUGCCCCAGAGGCAUGGCCCGAAAGCAGAACUAGGCGUCCCCAGCGUCCGUAGCGAGCAGCCCGUUUACCUCACAGCAUGCAGUUCCAGUGGCCCCGAGGGGACAAAAUGUGGCUUGGACUCCUGCUGAUACUUUCAUUCUGUUCCAGUCUCGAAGGUCAAGAAAACUCUUUCACCAUCAACAGUAUCUACAUGGAGAUCCUGCCGAGCUCGACAGUGCACAAUGGGUGGAACGUGACCCUCCAGUGCAUCGUGGACGUAAGCACCACCUCACACGUCAAGCCCCAGCACCUCGUGCUGUUCUAUAAGGAUGAUGUGAUGUUCUACAACAUCUCCUCCAGGGAGAACAUGGAGAGUUUCUUUAUUCCCCAAGCCCGGGUCUAUGACUCAGGGAAGUACAGGUGCACCGUGAUUUUCAACAACAAGGAGAAAACCACUCCGGAGUACGAGGUGUCUGUGAAAGGAGUGCCCAGUCCCAGGGUGAUGCUGGACAAGAAGGAGGUGAUAGAAGGCGGGGUCGUGACGGUCAAUUGUUCCGUCCCAGAGGAAAAGGCCCCAAUAUUUUUCAAAAUUGAAAAAUUCGAACUCUCCACAAAAAGAGUCAAGCAAACAAGAGAGAAGAACUCUAAGGACCAAAACUUUGUGACACUGGAAUUCCCCAUCGAAGAGCAGGACCUUGUUUUAGUGUUCCGAUGCCAAGCGAGGAUCCUCUCUGGGUUCCAGCUGGAGAUGUCGGAGGUCGUCAGGAGUGACCUGGUCACCGUGAGGGAAUCCUUCUCCACUCCCAAGUUCCACAUAAGCCCCCUGGGGAUGAUCACAGAAGGAGAUGAUCUCCACAUUAAGUGUACCAUCCAGGUGACGCACCUGGCCCAGAAGUUCCCCGAAAUCAUAAUCCAGAAGGACAAGGUGAUUGUGGCACACAGCAGACACGGCAAUGAGGCCGUGUACUCGGUGAUGGCACUGGGGGAGCACAACGGCAACUACACCUGCAAAGUGGAAUCCAGCCGGAUCUCCAAGGUCAGCAGCAUCGUGGUCAAUAUAACAGAGCUAUUUUCCAAACCAAAGCUUGAAUCUUCCUCCACACGCCUGGACCAGGGUGAAUACCUAAAUCUGUGGUGCAUCGUCCCAGGGGCGCCUCCAGCCAACUUCACCAUCCAGAAGGGAGGUCUGACUAUGACACAGGCUCAAAACUUUACCAAAAUAGCCUCAGAGUGGGACAGUGGGACAUACACCUGCACUGCAGCCAUCGGCAAUGUGCUCAAGAAAAGCAAUGCAGUCCAUAUAGCUGUGUGCGAAAUGCUCUCCAAACCCAGGAUUUUUCAUGAUACCCAGUCUGAGGUGAUAAAAGGGCAGACCAUAGAAAUCAGUUGCCAAUCAAUAAAUGGAACAUCACCUAUUAGUUAUGACCUCUUAAAAGCAAAUGAAAUUUUGCAGAGUCGUAACAAGAGCUCAAAUAAUCCAGCCGUAUUCAACGAUAACCCAACAAAAGACAUAGAAUACCAGUGCAUCGCGGAUAAUUGCCAUUCCAGUGCUAAAAAGAUCAGUGAGGUCCUGAGGGUCAAAGUAAUAGCACCAGUUGAUGAGGUCCAGCUUUCUAUUAUGUUGGGUGAAGAGGUGGAGUCUGGGAAGCCCGUUGUGCUCCAGUGCACUGUGAAAGAAGGGUCACCUCCAAUCAGCUAUAGCUUUUACAGAGCAAACGCAGGCAAGCCUUUCUAUCAGGUCACUUCGAAUUACACCCAGGAAAUUUGGCACAAGGAAGAGGCUAGCAAGGAGGAGGAGGGACAGUAUUACUGCAAAGCCUCCAACAGAGCCAACCUCGGAAGGCGUGUUCCCCAAAGCAACAUACUGACCGUCAGAGUCUUUCUUGCCUCAUGGAAGAAAGGACUUAUCGCAGUGGCUGUCAUCGGAGUGAUAAUUGCCACCUUGAUACUUGGGGCCAGAUGCUAUUUUCUGAGGAAAGCCAAGUCCAAGCAGAUGCCAGUGGAGAUGUCCAGGCCAGUAGCACCACUUCUGAGUUCCAACAAUGAGAAGAUGUCAUCUGAUCCCAGUGCCGAAGCCAACAGUCACUAUGGUUACAAUGAAGAUGUGGGAAACCAUGCAAUGAAACUGAUAAAUGAAAAUAAAGAGCCUCUGAACUCCGACGUGGAGUACACGGAAGUGGAGGUGUCCUCACCUGAGCCCCACCAAGCUCUGGGAACAAAAGGCACUGAGACGGUGUACAGUGAAAUCCGGAAAGCUGACCCUGAUUUCAUGGAAAACAGAUACUCUAGAAUGGAAGUUUCCCCUGAUGGAACUUAGGACGGCAAGGGCCGAUGCUAAUCCCUGGGAGGACCUCCAUGUUUCAAGAAGAGCGGACGAUUCCUGUAUUCUGAGAGCUCUGUGCACUUAUUUAUGAACCUGCCCUGUUCCCACUGAACAUAGCAAUUCCUCAGGCCAACUCGCCAGUUCUUAGACCAAUCCUAAUGCAUUUGUGUUGGGUGUAAAGAUAAAUGGAGGGGCUGUUAAGAAUUUUCCGCCACUCACCGAGUUGGAGCAUCACUGCCUGAUUCCUGGAGCUCAGGAGUGGAAGAAAAGCAAAAGGAAGCUUCAGGGUAAACAGGCCAUUGGGAUAUUUUGAAACUUGACUAUUUUGUCUCAUACAGAGAUAAAAACAACAAUAACAACAACAACAAAAACUUUUCCAAGUGCCCUCAUACACAGAAACCUGUUUUUAUUAGUAGCCAAUCACUUCUCGCACAUGGCUUGCCUUAGGGGCUAAUUUUUCUUUUUCCCUUUGGUCCUUCAAAAGACUCACGGCAUGGGGCAGUCCUUGCCCUUUGGAAAUGCACAGCUCUAACCGGAUAGCUUCAUCCUGGUCUCUCAACGAUCUCUCUGAUCUCUUCGGCCCACCACAAUUGGGAAAACAAAGCUGCUUGGGAGCGACUCCUUUGGAAUGCCGACUUGAAGACAAGGUUCAUUCCGGCCAAUGCACAAAAUAGAAACCAAGUUGGACAAAGCACAGAUGUUCUUACACUGUUUUUCUAUAUUCUUUUCUUUCUUUCCCUCUACCUUGCUGAAGGCCAAAAGAUGGGAAGACGGGUGCCUACAGCAAAUACUAUUUUUUAAUAGAAAAUGGAAAUGAGUUUUUCUUACUAAUUUUUUUUUUAUUUAUUCCUUGAUAAGGAAAUGGUGUCCCGAAGAUUUAAGAUGUUCCCUAAUGCAUGGGUGGCAGCAGGAGUUGGUGGCAGAGGGGCCACCGCUGUACUGUUCUGGAAUCUCACCAGGGAGCAGCCACCUAACUGAGGAAACAGUUUCCCUGUCUGCCUUGGUGGCACAACUGCAGGGACCCUCAGGGGUGCUGUAUUAAAUAAAUUUGAUCAUUACUCUUCA